ACUCUCUUAAAUUUGUCAGGUCUCUGUGAUUGAGAACUUGAAAUAUUUGUUGGUUUGUUUAGUUUCAAGUGAUCCCAGGAAGUCCCAAACAUGGACGUCGUUGGAAGUGAAAUUGGCCAGAAGAUGCGGUCAGCCAUCAAGGCCAAGCUGACUGAAUUAGGCUGCUAUGUUGACGACGAGCUCCCAGACUAUGUGAUGGUGAUGGUGGCGAACAAGCGCACACGCUCGCAGAUGGAGGAUGACCUGCAGCUGUUCCUCGGAGACAACACAGUGCAGUUCGUCAACUGGCUACACCAGGUGCUGCAGAAGCUUCAGGAGGUCACCGUCACUGCACCGGUAGUGGCUAAAAGUAUUGACACAGACAAAAGCAAAGUUAGAUCAGAAUCAAAAGAUAGGAAACUUAAGGAGAAGAAAGAUAAGCUGAAGCAAAAACACAAGAAAGGAGACAGUUUGAAAAAAUCCAAGAAAAAAUCAAAGGACAAGAGCCACAAAAAGAAAGAUGAAAAGAAAUCACACAAGAGCAAGAAAAAGAAUAAAGAUAAGGAAACAGAGAUGAUAAGACCGAAUGUACCGCCAUUACUAAUGAACAUGGAGAAAGAUUCUGAACCCUCAAUAACUGAUGUGUUUGCUGGACAAAUCCUUAAAAACCAUGGCAUUACCAUAGACACACCAAAAGCAGAACCCAAAGUUGAUAGGAAACCUAUUAUUGCAGAUGCAAAGAGGCCAAUCAUUCCCAUCAUUGAUCCAGCUACAAUAUUGACUUCAGAGAACAUAGAUACUGAGGAAGAUUCUAGUCAAAAUACGUCAGAGAUUUCUACUUCAACACAACCUGAGAAAUCAACAACAAAUGUUGAAGAUGGUCCCACAAAUGUUGAGGAUUCAACAAAUAAUGAAGUCACAACUACUACUGAUAUAAAUGUUGAAAAUACUUCUGCUGCAGUGGAUGUAGCGGCUCCUAGAGAACAGCAUUUGAAGGAGAUACAUGAGAUUGAAACUAAAAUCCAGGGGCUAAGGCAGAAAUUGGCUGAUCAGCUGGAUUCAAUGUCAGAAGAUGAGGACUUUUUAAAUAUAAGAACAGAGGCUGAAGAGCUAAUGACUGAUUUUGCUGAAGAUGUUUUUCAGGAAAUAUCCUCAGCCAACCAAGCCAGAUCUCUAGCAACUGAUACUCCCCCCUUACUACCUCCUUCACUUAGGUCCCCACCCCCCACACCUAAAUCCCCGGCAAUCUCUAAGCCAGAAAAGCCUAAAGAGCCGGAAGUCCUCCCUCAAAUUGAACUAAACCUCCCCAAACGACCAAUCAGAGAGAGGCUAGGCUCGCGACAGGAAGUGGCAAAGGCCGUGGAAGUGAAACAGCCUGCUGUGACUAAAAAGUCUGAAACACGAAGGGUCUCAGAAAGUUCCAAAGAGAAACAUGAUAGUCCAGAAAGGUUCACCCCAGAAAGAGAGCCAGACUUCUGGCCGAAGUCCAAGCGGCGGUCAAUCGAAGUAGAGAAGAGCAAAAAACCUUCUUUUUCUGAAGAAUCGAGCCCGGAACAUCGUGAAAUUGUACCGUCAAAACGAUUGACUUCUAAAGUCACAGUGCAACCCAUAGAGCGUGAAGUGACCCGCGCCGGCCCGGCCAGUGUUGUGCGGGUGCGCCCCCGCCCGCGCCCCGCGCCCGCCCCCGCCUCCGCGCUGCUGAGGCGAGCCAUGGCCGACGCACAGAAGAGUCUACUCAAUGCACCACUAAAGAAAGACACGGAGAUCAAGCGCGGCAUCGUGCUACCCAUGCGGCGUACUAUUGACGCCAAGAAGAUCGUCAUACAGAUACCCUCGGAUAGACUGCCCUCGCCUGAUGCUGUUCAUUGCGACCCCUCCCCCGCUCCCCGCGAGGCCCAGUACGUCCCCACCUGCAUCAGCAAGCAGUUCGUCAACACCGAGUACGUGCCCUCGAGGAGACAGAGCACGCGCGUGGACGAGACGCUCAUCGUGGAGACCAUUAACAAUCACAAACUGCCUGCAGAGAAAGAGAAAGGCCCAACAUUCGUAGUGACCCUAGACGGACUGGACCCAAACAUAUUCUUGGCCAAAAAACUCAAAACAGAAGGCCUACUCGACGAGGAAGCUGACGUCACUAACGCAAUGAAGGAACCGAAACCAAAACCAAAAACGCCAACAAAAGAACCGGAAAAGAAGAACAUCGAAGAACAGAAGACGGCUGAAAAAGUCGCGCCAACACUUGAGAAAAAGCGUCUAAGUGACACAAGUCAUACGAGCGAAGAAAGUGACACACAAGUUAUACUACAAGCUAAAGAAAGCGAAGAAGAAUCGGUGGAACCUAAAGAAAAGGAGGUCGAAAGUGAACCAUCAGUAGUAGUAGAGAAAGAGGAUCAAUCGCCGGUGGUUAGAAAGAGACGGGGUUCGCCGAUCGUGUUCGAUGUCAGUAAGAAGGAAAGGGUCAGAGAGAGGACUGUCAGCACCGGCAGUGAUAGUCACGUGACAGUCGCUACUAACGCCACUACGCAUAAAUAUGACACGUUGCCGCCUUUAUCAACAGUCCCCACGCCGCCGGAGCGCAAGCCGGCGUGCCGCUCGUUCCCCGCGUGUCGCUUCGGCCCCGCGUGCGUGUUCGCGCACCCGCCCUGCAAGUUCGCCGCUGCGUGCACGAGACGCGCGUGCGUGUAUUCGCAUCCGGCCAGGGUUGUGCCGGCUGUCGCCUCCCACGUAGUCCCGGCAGCGAACUUCAAAACGAUACAACCCACCAACCCAAACAUGUGCAAGUUCUACCCUGGCUGCGUCAACCCGGCCUGCCACUUCUACCACCCGAAGCCCUGUCGCUAUGGCAACGCGUGCACAAACAAACUGGAGUGCAACUUCUACCAUCACGAACAACCGGCCAGCCGAUGGAGGGUCCCGUAUACCGAGCUAUGAGUUAUAGUGUUAGUGUUAAGCUAGAAUGAAUUGAAUGGAUUAAAUAGCGUAUUUGUCAAUGUU